AUGGCUGUUGAGGUGAUUGACCUGCUCUCUUCGGAGGACGAGUCGCCUAGCAAACUGCUCCAAUCGUUUAAGACUCGCCCAAAGAAAGAUAAAUCGCACAACAGCCAGCACGGCUACACAGACUCAAUCACCAGUAGCGAUGCGGAAGAGCGGCGAAAUGAGGUUGGGAAUGGAACAAAUGCGCCGGAUAGGCCUGCACCACCGUCUGGUCGAACAACGUCGGUUCAGAUGCGCGAACAUGUGUCGCCAACCGGCUUCAAGUCCUUUUCGCUAUACAAACAGUCCUCGGAUCCAGCAAGAGAAGAAGAUGCAAGCGGAAGGGACAAGACACAGUCAUUCACACAACCAAUCCUUUCGAACGAUGCAUGGAAAGCACUAGGCUCGCCAGGCCGAAAGCUGCAGGAAGAUUUUGCACGUAUUCGGCGAGAUUUGGAGCAGUCAAAAAUGCAGCUUGAAGCAAAGAGACUGGAAAGGGUUCAGAAGGCAGACUUGUACCAGCAGCAAAGACGACUGUCUGCCUCGAAAGCAGGUACAACAAGUGACUACGCUGCACGAACUUCAAUUCCGUCCAGCUCACGGCUGGAAAGCGGCCUGUUGCUAGCGAAACAACCUGUCGAGGCGAACAUACCACCGGAGGCCAUUCUUGAAGGCAAUGGUCCCGAAAACAGCAUGGAUCGCCUCGCAAAACGUUCCUCUGAUGGACCUACAAAAGACUUUGUCAAGCGGCGCAGGACGGAAGACCAUAGGAUCGAUGCCUUGCAACGACGUACACAGACCCUGGAUGCCACGGACCCUAAGAUGGAACGCCUGACUACCAGUUCUGAACCGGACUUUGCACUGUGCAGUUCCGCGAUUUCUACAGAACGAGCCCCACAGCACACCCUGCCCUCGUCUUCUCCUCCAGCGACUACAAGCUCGGCUAGUAGUAGUCAGGCGGGAAGGCCAUGGACUGUGCAAGAAGAGAUGUCGCUCAAGAGACUUAAGGAGGUGGAAGGUCUGAGCUGGGAUGAGAUUGAGCUUCGCUUUCCAGGACGGACUAAAGGCACUCUCAAAGUCCGCUACUACACCAAAGUCAAGGGCAAGCGGUUUCCUGCUCAGCCUGGUGAACCUGAUCGCCCGCGAACACAAGCGGGCUCAGCUUUAUCUGCUGAGACGCAGCAGCGUUCCCCGUCCCUCGGAGCUUCGCAAUCCCAGUUGCUGACAGCUCAGCGUACCGCUACAUCGGUGAACACCAACGAUAACGGGCAAUCGUACUCUAAAUCAGAUCUCGCCACGCGAACGCCCUCGAGCUCUGGAUCUAAGAGAUCAUGGCAGCCAUUCACGGCACAAGAUAACGCAUUGCUCAAGAAGUUGAAAGGAGUUAUGAACAUGGCCUGGUCCGAGAUCCACCCUUACUUCCCACAACGCACAUUGCCGAGCUUGCAAGUCCACUACUCUACCAAGGUGAAGAACAUGAAGAUCAACACAUCCAACGUGGUUGUACCCGCGCGGGCCUCUGCAGCUAUCCCACAGGCUCAGCCUACAAGCACUAAUGCAUCGAGCUCGACGGCUAAGGCUAGCAACUUUGGCAGUCAAUACACGGCAGAAGAAGUCGCGUUGCUGAAGCAGCUCAAGGAAGAAGUCGGCCUCGACUGGAAGGCUAUGAUGCCUUACUUCAAUGGAAGGACCGCAGGCUCCUUGCAGGUGUACUGGUACACAAAGAUUCGAAACGGAGGCACAGCACGUCACGCUCCAGACGUCCAGCGCCAUGACUCUGCAGAACUGCUCGCGCCCCGUGCCAAACGAAUGAGAAAAAGUGCUCCAGCUGCUGUUGACGGCUUUGUGUCGUGGACAGAUGCCAGGGCUAUUAUGAGGAACAGCGGUGACGCUGAAGAUAUUGAGGACGUUGAAGACUCUGCUGACGACAGAAGCUCCACGGCCAGCCAUGGCCCACUCGCAUUGCAGGACUCUGUAUUUCCGCGGACCGUGAACCGGAUUCUACACCAGCGGGAAACCGGCACGGGUUCACGGGCAUGGACGACCUCGCGCUUCUCGAUUCCUGAAGAGCUUAAGAACCACGUUCACAAAGACUACCACCUGCGGAAGUACUAUCAUGGAACAUCUGGGGACGUAGUGGGCCUCUCGUGGUCCUCGACUGGCGCUUACUUCGCUGCGGGAUCAAUCGCAAUUACGGACAAUCGGUCUAUGCAGUACAACAUGAGUCGCAAUCUGCUCGUUGGAAACCACGAGCACGGAGAGUUGCAAGAGCUUAUCGAACAUCAUGUCGAGCGACCUGAGGUUACUGAAUCAGACAAUCCAAAUGCUUUGAGCGCAAUGCGACAGACACAGGAUCCUCGCCUGUUUCAGACUGUCACGGCGACUGCUUUCUCGCCUGUUGCGGAACAUGAGGGCACACUUUUCACCACUGGUACAGACAAAAUGCUUCGGAAGUAUACUGUCUCCCCAGACGUCCGAAGCACGAGGGUUGAAGCGUCUUUCCAACACAAAGCUUCAGUGGAUCUCCUUGCCGUGCACCAGGAGGGAUACAUUGCAACAGGAACCCACUCUGCAUCUGAUAGUAUUGCGGUUUUUGACUCGCAGGGUGCAUCCAUUGACUGCGCCUGGAAGGGGUCACCGCAACGCCAGGACUUGCACACCACGGCUCUCAUUUACCCAUCAACCUUGAAAUGGGGCGCAGCUUAUGCCCACCGCAACUACCUGCUUGCUGGGUUCAGCGGCGAUGAGGACAAACUACUCGCAGGAGAGACAGCGCUGUGGGACGUUCAACACCAAACUCAGAUCGAGCUCAAGGGCGAGACCAGAAAUGUGUUUGAUGUCUGCUGGAACCCAAGGCCAAGUUCUGCGUCUGUAGUCUUCGCAGUGGCGUCGAACAGUACCGGUAUCAAACUUGGUGGGCGCGGCGCCCGAAGUGCGGUAAGCUGUUUUGCCCCAACGCAACCACUAUCGGCAGUCAUCACAUGGCAGUGUCCGGCUCUGGACAUCAACGAUGUCUCGAUAUGCCCUUACGAUAACAACCUCAUUGCCGCAGGCGCUACAGAUGGCAAAGUCUACGUGUGGGACCAGCGUUGGGCUGGACGAAGUCAAGCGCCUCUUCACGUACUGUCCCAUGGCGUUUCGCUCAACAUUCUGCCUCACGGCUACGAUAGAGAAUUGACAGACACUGGAGUGCGAUUUCUCUCAUGGGGUGCAACCAGCUCUCGUCUGUACUCUGGCUCUUCAGAUGGUAUAGUGAAAGUAUGGAACCCCUAUCGUUCUGCAGACAAUGCUCACGUGCAAGACCUGGACACGCCUCGCCAGCACAGAUCCGCGAUCAUGUCUGGAGUAUUCAGUCCAGACCAUCGCGAACUGCUAAUCGGCACUGAGAAUGGCCGGAUCAAUUUGUUCACGACGGGAUGUGCGGUACUGCGGAAACCUGAACAAUUCACGCUCCAUACAGCACCGGAGCCAGCAGCUGAAGAUUCGCCGUUAGAAGUAGCCGAGACGCUCUUGAACAUGGGGAAGAUUGUGACACGACCAUGUGGCGCAAUGCCAAUAAGACAGGCGGUGCAGGGUGACAUGUACGAUGGGCCUUUCCAGGCACCAAAGCAAUCGGACAUUGCAAGGGCAGAACGAAACCUCCAAGAAGCUUUGACUGCACAAGGGAAGCUUGCUGCACGAAAUGCUCGACAAGACGAUGCUAAUCAGCACGAAGCUGCUCUCGAAAAGGCGCAGAUGCGGGUUCGCGAUGCACAAGCUGCUAUCGAAGACUUGCGGGACCGCUCACAGUUCGCUGAAUCAUCUCGCCCGAAGGCAGAGGCUUUUCAGCGAGAACUUGCGAAGUCGAGAGGCGAACGCCGCAAUAUUGAAAUACUGGCCCAGAUCUGCUUUGGCGAUGAGUCUAAUGCAUGUCAGCACGAUUGUUCCUAUCUGCCUACAUCGGAGGCAUUAGAGGAUGAUGGACGGUCUGAGCUCCGAAUACCUGGGGCUCUGAGAUCCGUGGGUAACCAGGCAAUCGCAGCUUCAAGGCUGAGGGCCGAAGAUGAAGCGUCUGAAAGCUGUUUCAGAUGCUUUCCGUUCCAAGCACGACCGAAUGGGGCGAAGCGUGAGCUCUGCCUCACGUGCAAGUUGAACGGAUUGAGGUUGACGACAAAAUGCAACAAAUGCUCAGCUCCUGCUCGAGUGGAGACCGAUCAAGCGAAGCAGCCUGUUUGCGAAGCUUGUUCAUUCGCUUGUUUCCGCUGCAGCAGAUCGGCUGAGAUGUCGAGCGACUUCACUCGGCUUGAGUGCAAGGAUUGCGAUCUUUCUUGGGAAGCAGGCGUCCUUGGCUACGAGUUGGUGAAGACGAAACUUGCUAAAAGCAAGACGACACAAGCGAGCAUUGAAUCGCAUGAGCAAUAUGAUGAUUUUGGUACGGCCGAGAGGGAGCGUUUAGCAGGACUUUGGGACGACGACGAAUGA